CUUAGCUAACUGAUCCACCCAACCAUUUCAGUAUCUGUCAAGUCAUUUUCGCUUGAUGAAAUAAGCCCGUGUUGAGUAAAUCCACCUGAGAAUUCCCUAAUUAAGUACCUCGAUUUUGAUUGAGUGUAUCACAUUCUAAAAGAUGUUGAUCAGUACAUAAAUUUCAAAUGAUCGUUUCCAAUGAAUCACAUUAGGUCAUUCACUACGAAACGAGUAUUUCAAUUAACGUUUGGUCACGAAAUAAGAAAGCUUUAAAUCGAUACACCAAAUCAGGAGACUAUUCAGGUGAUUUACUCCGUUAACUUGUCAGUCCACUUCUCCUAUAAGAGCAGGACUGCUUAUAAUUCUGAAACCUUAAUCAGAACACGUGAUUUUGAAAGAAAAAAAAUUCCCAGAAAAAAAUGACAAACCGUCUGUCUCUUAUUCUUCUCGUGAUUGCAGCCCUCUUCAUUUUGAACUCUUUUGCAGCAAAAGAUGUUCCCAAAGGGAAGGAUAAACCGCCCACGUUCGAGGAGGCUUUUCUUAUCUACUCAGUGAAUUUGGCAAUCGCAAAGAUAAACGAAACCAGAGAAUACUAUCUCUUAAAGCUGGGGCAGAAUUCAUCGCAACCGUUACCGUUGAAAUCAGCCCUCGAGGAAUGUGUUGAUGAGUGUAAAGAUGCCAUUCGGGAUCUAAACCUCAUACCCAGAGAUUUGAGUCGUGAUCCUAAUAUGACAACCUACGAUGCCCUUAUGGCCUGGGAUGACUUAAAGAGUUGUGGGCACUCUCUGAAGUGUCACAAAGUUGAUGAUCCUUCCGUCCUCAACCUGCAUUUUUAUUCCACCGCCUUUGUUGAUCUCUGUGUGGGAAUUGCAUCCGCUUUUUUCUGAUAAUUUCUCUCUGUGUAAUAUGAAUCAUGAACCAGCAUUAAUAUUGCAAAAAUGAAUAAUUAUUAAUUUCUAGUUUUCUCUUCAUCUUGGUGCCAUAUUAUGCAUUUUUUAUGCUAAGCUCGCGAUUUGUGACGUCGUACUUUAAUGUCGUACAUGAGCAUGAACUUUCUUAAUUUUGUAAUCAAAACACUACUAGUUCUUAUCCCGUGCGUUGCACGGGAAAUACAUGAUGCGUGUAAAAUGUAUUCGGUAGAGAGAGGAGUGGUUUAUACUCGUUAAAUACUAUUACCUUCGUCUAAAAAAAAAAUUACAUUGAGUUUUUAAAUUUAUACAAUUUUUAGUGCAAAUCUCAAAACUAAAUUUGGACUUUUUUUUGGGGACGGAGGGAGUAACAAAGUUUAAUAGAUUUUAACUAUUAUCAGCGGGCAAAU